AGCAGGUAGCGGCCGGAGCCCCAAAGGAGCAGAGCGCCAAAGCGAGGAGAACCGCAGCUCAGAUCACUCCCACUUCCCACAACCACUCGCGCUUCGCUCGCAGCCGCAGCUCCCGACCGAGAUGGAGGCUGGGGACGCCAUGGAGAGGGGCGAGCGCGCGCCGCUCCUGCCCGAGAGCCACGGGCCGAAGGUUGAGGACGAUAGCCUGCAUGUGCCGCUCCUCAAGGACAAAAAACGCACAGGCAGCAAGGCGCCAACGGUUGUUCUAGGGUUCCAGUGCUUGGAGAGCACAGGGUUCUUUGGCAUCUCCACGAACCUGGUCGUAUACCUGGAGAAAGUCCUCCACGGCAGCAAUCUGGCCAGCGCCUCCAAAGUCACUACAUGGACCGGCACCAGCUACCUGACCCCGAUCUUCGGCGCCAUCAUCGCCGACACCUUCUUGGGCAACUACAACACCAUCCUCAUCUCCCUCGUCGUCUACCUUCUUGGGAUGAUGUCCGUGACCUUCUCCGCGUUCCUGCCCACGGCCGCGGUGCUCGGCGGCUCCUCGGUGUUCGGCGCUCAAACCGUCGCGUUCAUCGGGCUGUAUCUCGUCGCGAUCGGGAGCGGCGGGGUGCGCUCGUCGCUGCUGCCGUUCGGCGCGGAGCAAUUCGACGACGACAAUGAGAAAGACCGGGAAAGCAAGGGCUCCUUCUUCAGCUGGUUCUACCUCUGCGUCAGCUUCGGCCCGAUCGUCUCCGGUCUGUUCAUUGUGUGGAUACAGGACAACGUCAGCUGGGGCCUCGGCUUCGGCAUCUCCACCGCCUGCAUCGCUCUCGCUUUCGGCGUCUUCGUUCUCGCCACACCCAUGUACAAGCGCCGCAUGCCCACCGGCACGCCGCUCAAGCGCCUGAGCCAGGUCAUCGUCGCCGCCUGCCGGAAGAUUAGCCGCAAGGUGCCUGCCGACGCGAGCUUGCUCUACGAGGUCAGCGACAAGGUGGACCCCCAGCCCAAGCUCGCACACACCGGUGAUUUCUCAUUACUUGACAAGGCGGCCGUCAUCACCGAGUCGGACUUUGAGGAGGUAACGGAGGAGGCCGGCUCGUCGUGGAAGUUAUGCACCGUGACGCAGGUGGAGGAACUGAAGAUCCUGCUGCGGCUUCUGCCCAUCUGGGCGACCAGCAUCAUCGUGUCCGCGGCGUACGCGCAGAUGAACACUACCUUCAUCCAGCAGGGCAGCGCCAUGAACAUGUCCAUCCUGUCGGUGUCAGUGCCGCCUGCGUCGAUGGCAUCGUUCGAGGUAGCUUGCGUCUUUUCUUGGGUGAUGCUCUACAGCAAGGUGAUCGUGCCAGCGCUGAGGGGCUUCAGUUCCGGCGGCGACGGCGAGCCAUCGCUGCUGCAGCGAAUGGGCGCCGGCCGGCUCCUCAUGGCUCUUGCAAUGGCGGUCUCUGGACUCGUGGAGAUGAAGCGGCUCGACAGCGCGGCGCGCGGCGAGGAGAUCUCCAUAGCGUGGCAGCUCCCGCAGUACUUCUUCCUGGCCGGCGCCGAGGUGUUCUGCUACAUCGCGCAGCUGGAGUUCUUCUACGCCGAGGCGCCGGACACCAUGAAGAGCACGUGCACGUCGCUGGCGCUGCUCACCAUCGCGCUGGGCAGCUACCUCUGCUCGUUCAUCUACGCCAUCGUGGCCGCCUUCACGGCCACGGCGGACAGCCCCGGGUGGAUCUGCGACAACCUCAAUCAGGGCCACCUCGACUACUUCUUCUGGACCAUGGCCGCAAUGUGCACGCUCAACUUCGUCGUGUACAGCGGCUUCGCCAAGAACUACAAGUUCAAGACUGUGCUCUCAUGACGUGCUUCCAUUGCACAGUGCCCAUAAUGACCAAUUGGUGAUUGGUGAAGGGUGACUAGCAAGUAGCAAUGCAAGCACUAGCUCAACGGCUAGUACAUAGGAAACGUACAGCGGUAGAGUAGAAAAAAAAAUGCAGGAAUUUAUUUUGCCCUUUUCCUUUUCUUUUUAAGUUUUGAAGAAACUGCACAGAUUUCUGUCGGCAGCGACAGUUUUUCUUUUGAAACUUUCUUUUGUUUUUUCACAUACAGACAUACAGUUGAUGAGUUGAAAGACUAGUGACAUUGGUGUUAA